GUUCCUUACAAGGACCGUUAGUUUGAGUUCCGCUCUGAAGAACCCGUCAUGACAGGUGUCUUUUACGCAUGGCAAAUCAAAGUAUUUGGUGUUUGUCUCACAGGUUGAACUGUUUAGCAAACUUUGUUUUCUCUACAAUAUUUGAAUCUUGGCGUACGAUUUUUACUUUUGAUUGUGAUCUUUAUUCAAGUUUGAUGUGAUUAGUCAUGCAUUCAGCAAUAAAGAGUAUAUUAUGAACACAUGCAAGACAAACUAUAACAAUUAUGGCAGCUGUGUUUUGGCUCUUUAUCGUGAUAUUCUUAUCUCUUGAACACCACGUUGUGACUCACGAGAACAAAAUAGGAAAUGGUAAAGAUAAUCUUCAAGUACAUAAAAUUGUGAAUACCGGCGAGAAUCUUCAGAAAUCAUUUGUUGCAAGAAAACAAAACAAAAAGAGCUCUGUUCAUGGAAGAAUUGUCAAGUUCCGUACUUCUGGUGUUGCUAAUAAAAAUAUCAAUAGAAAAGGAUUGGCUUUAAAUGGAUUAUUUCCACGUCAAGAUCAAGACACCCAAGAUCCUAUAUAUCUACAAAACACUCGCAAACACUCGUCAAACCCUCGCAAACACUCGUCAAACCUUCAUAAACACUCGCAAACGCUUGCAUACACUCGUCAAACCCUCGCAAACACUCGUCAAACACUCACAAACACUCGCAAGCACUCGUCCAACUCCAUUAACUCAAAACUUCAAGGCAAUGGGCCUCAACUAAAAACCGGAAAGAGCGUUCCCAAAUCUUUUCACACAAAAAAGUCACGUCACAUUAUUAAAAACGGACGUUCAGACUCGAUGUUUUAUCCCAACAAAGCAAUACACGGAGACUUUUUCAAAGUUCAUUUUGUGUCAGACGGGAGGAACGACUUAAGCUCCCGUUCGAUUGGCCAUUCAUUAUUAAAAAUUACUCCAUGGCCAAUACCGAAUUCCGAAAACUCGGAAGGCGUUGAUAAGUUGAAAAGUUUUCUAUCCAAUGAUGGUUCACCAUCGGAGAAUGAAAAUGGUCAAAAUGGAAAAGGUUACUUUGAAAACUUCAAAUUAAGUUUACCUUCAAAGAACAAUUCUUCCCAGCAUUCAUCGCGCAGCAUCAAAAACUACCCAAGCAUCUUAGAGCACAACCAGAUGACGCCACUUCGCUGGGACGGUAAUCUUUACGAAAGCAUCGGUAAGCAGAUUGUCCCACCACCAUAUUCUAUGAACAACCCCAACAACAUGGAGUAUCCUUACAAUGCUGCGGAUGUAAAUGGAAACGAUUUAUUAAAAAUUGUCCCUAGUUUGGACGCUAAGAGUGUUGAUAGCAGGCUUUUCGAUGAUUUUGAGUUUCUUAAAGAUACUAACGGACUUUAUCAAAAUUCAAAUAGUGACUUGGUCAUGAAGCCUAUUAAUGGUGGAAACCAAGCGACAGAAAUCCAUGGUGACCAAAGAACAAGUGAAAUUGACGGAUUAAUUUCAGGGGCGCAAAUCAGGCCUGCAGUUCAGCCAUUCACUGCUCACCCCGGCGCUUCUUCGCGCAUACAAGAGUCACCACAUCUUGGAAAAAAGCCGCUUCCUACAAAACAUAGAUCUUCGAAAGCAGCAGCCAAAAGUUCAAAAGGCAGAAUUCAUUCCCGUCAUAAAUACCAAAAGAAGUGGAAAAACGUUGACAGCAAACCGCUUAAAUAUAAAGCAUCUGAGCAAGACUUCGUAAAACUUGAGCUCGAAGAUCCGUUUUUUUCCAUAAGAAUAAAAAAAAGUCCUAGAAACAAGGGAUACGGCUCAUCUCGCGUAAAAGUUGAUGGACUGCAUGAAGAUAAACCCGAAAACUCAUACUUAAAAAAAGCUCCAGGAGUAUACAACAAUAUAUUGCCACAGGAAAAACAGCCGCCGCAGAUAUUUAAAUCAACGUUUGGAUCAAUACAUGGCUCCUUACAUGGCGAACCACUAAUAUUUGGCGAACCCGUGCCACAACAUGUCACCGAUAAUUUAAAAGGUAACGGUCAUUCUGAAAUGGCUGUCGAUGCUUCUAAUGGCAAGAGCUCUGAAAAACUAUACCAUGAUGAAAAGGUCAAUGAACCGUCUCACGUUAGCCAUGAAAUUCACCAAACUUUCCAAAGUUUACAUGGACUACCUGGACAAAAUCCUAACAUAAUUCUGAAUAUCCCUCCUAAGCACUUUUCUGAAGUUUCCUCCUUUCAACCUUCCAGCAAUAGGAACGUAUCAAAGACGAAUUCUCGGACAGCGUCAAAGAACAGCAGUCCAAAUUAUGAGAGCGUCGUUGUAAACCCAACAGUUGUCGGUCGCAUUCGACCAAAUAUUGUGAAAAGUGUCAACAGUCAAGGUUUUCAUGGUGGUGGUAUGGCAGGAGGACAGGGUGGUGGUGGUGGUAUGGCAGGAGGACAGGGUGGUGGUGGUAUGGCAGGAGGACAGGGUGGUGGUAGUAUGGCAGGACAGGGUGGCGGUGGUAUGGGAGGAGGACAGGGUGGUGGGGGUAUGGGAGGAGGACAGUUUGGUUUUGGUUUUGGAGGAGGACAGGGUGGUGGUGGUAUGGCAGGAGGACAGGGUGGUGGUGGUGGUAUGGCAGGAGCAGGUUAUGGGGGUGGAGGAGGACUAUACCGGAGUGCUGGCUUAGCUGGAGGUGUGGUCAGAGCUGCAGGUGGGGGACCUAGGUUUUAUGGUGACCAAUGUUUUGGUGACCCAGAUAAUGACAAGGAAGCAGAUGAAUUUCCAGCUGUUAUGGAUAUUGUGUUCCUUAUCGACACGUCUGAUCGCGCCAUGUUCAAUGACAUGAAGGAUUUCAUAAAAUCUCUUUCACACAAAUUCACCGUGGAACCAAUGGCUACUCGCGUUGCUUUGGUUACAUUUAGUUCUGAUGCCUCGAUAUUGUUCGGCUUCACUCGGUACAGCUCUCGGAAAGAACUCGACGAAGCCUUAGAUGAGCUUGAGUAUCCCUCAUUCGUUGCACGAAAAUCUCGUUGGAAACGCGCAUCUGGCACGCGGAAACGUUCAAUGAUAAAACGGAAAACGUGGAACGAUACCGUCAAGUCUGCUUCAAACACUGUGCAAUCGUAUUCAGAUGAACCGUCCGUGCCUACAAAAAGAGACGACGAUACAAAAGCUGUAUUGAUUGGUCGUGGCUUGCAGGCAGCACUUCUACUAUUCCGUGAUCCGACUGCCAGACAAAACGUUCCCCACGUCUUGAUCGCCGUCACUCACGCUCCUUCGGCAGACAAUUUUCUAUAUCCUUCUCGGGAGUUGCACGCUAGUGGUAUUAACAUUUUUGGUAUCGGUGUUGGACAGCACUUCAGCAAAUUUCAACUCUUGAUGAUGAGCAGCCUCCCGAAGUUCCGACAUCUUUUCAAGGUGAAGACCUCGCUUCAGUUGAAAUGUCUUGCUGCUAGCGUUGCCGAUAAAGUUCUUCGAGAUAUCCAGACGCGCGUCUGUCCCGCAUGUUUUCAUGAUCCCCAACACGCUGCGUGUUCUUACUGUUUUAAGCACGGUGACGCCAGCAACAUGGCCGCAAUCAUCCAUCAACCUCCCCCGAAGUUUGAUCUUAAUUUGCAAUCGUAUCCCAAUAGCGCAACAGGAACCGGUUACAUCGACUCAAUGUUUCCUGAUAUGAUUCCAUUCCGAAGAUCAAAGAUGCUAUCAAGGAUUAGAUCUUCUAAGCCACAUGACGUUGCACCGACUCUCCAAAAUUCUGCUUUCGAUGAACCAUUCCAGCUUGCUUCAAGUCGUAUGCGAAUGGGGAAUCAUAGAUCCAGGGGCAAAAACGAAGGCAAUUCAAGAGGAGAUCCGAAUGCUAAAACGAAAGUUCAUUCGAAACACCAACAUAACCAUAAACUAAAAGUUAAAAGAUUACUUGGUCAACGUAGUAAAGAACUCUCUGUGUUUAAAUCCAAAUCGAUAAAACGUAAGACAAAAAAAACUUAAAAUGUCGUGUAUGUUGGGUUAAACGAAAGCUCUGUCAAUGAAAAAAUGAUUUGAAGAAAGUCUCGGUUUGGUAUAUAUAUAUAUAUACAUAUAUAGCAGUGUACUUGCUAAUACAGUUUACUGGUCAUUCUUGCUUUUACUACAUAAUUUAAAAUACUUUGGUAUAAGCUUUUUUGUUUGCUUUAUUAUGAGUUCGUGCCUGCUAUAGAGAGCCCAUGAAAUGGAAUUCUCUAAGCUUUUAAACAAAAGAUCACCCGAAACUGCGAUGGACUUUUUUUUCAACAUUUGUUUGCACGUAAAUUAGAGAAUUUAUGGUUGAUCUUUUCCUCUAUAAAAGCAUCUUUUACUUUUAUUCAUUCUCGCCAAUGUUAAUUAUAUUUGCCUAAUAUCAUGUAGCUUAUUAACUUCAACAAAACGUUGAACUUUUUGAUAAAAAAACAGACAGGUUUGUAUUUUCAAUUCUUGCAUAAAAUCGAAAACGAACACCAUGUUAAGAUAGGUUGGUUGAAAAAUGACACAGUACAAAUUAUCAAAUUUACAAAAACUUCAAUAGCUCAAGCAGCAAGCAUGAAAACACAAAUGUUGAAAAAAAGACUUUGGCAGUUUUAAGAGAUAUUUCAUCAAAGAAAACAAUAAAGUUAAUGUCAUUGAA